ACACUGCAGACGCACAUCAUCCAACCCCAGUGGUCCUGAAUAUACACCACACAUACUGUUCAGUUUUUAUCGAUUUGUUUAAUUUAAUAUUUUUCGUCUAGUAAGCUACAAUGUUUCUCAAAAAACACAAGUCAAAACUUUUGUUAGUUCCGAGAGAUGAAGAACAAGAAGAUGCAGGAAUUGUCGCAGUACUCACAGAUAGAAUCCCAAGUGUGCUUCUUGUCAGAUGGUUUGACCUUUUCUGCUUUGGAUUUGCAAUGUGCUCCUAUGCUCUUGAUUUUUUCUCGGAUAUAGGUAUUGCAAUCUUUCAUUUUUGGGCGGGAAGAUACCUCUCCGGGUCACUGGUCCUGGCUUUUGCAUUGCUACCUUCUGUGAUUAUUAACAUAAUUUCAAUGGUUUGGAUGCUCGAUGACGAGAUGCAUUGGAAAAGAAGAGCUCAUCCAAGAAGAACUGGAACAUUUGAGCUGAAUCAGAAAAGGUUUAUACCUUUAAGCAAAAUGAUCGUGCUGUGUAUUUGCCAGAUGGGACCACUCUUCUGGUACUACAAAGCUCUAUACUACGGAUGGAUGUUCAGAAAAAGUAGUAACGAAAACACUGAUGGAGAGAAGAGAAAAUGUUUCUCAAAAAUGGUUGAAGCUGAAAGGGAUGCAACAUUGUUAAGAUUCUUUGAAGCUUUUCUCGAAUCUGCUCCACAACUGAUCAUCCAAGGAUCAAUCGCUGCGAGCUACUUUCAAAAUUACUAUCAAACUGGCACAUAUCCUUAUUGGUUGUAUUUCCAAGCCGCAUCUCUAUUACUUUCAAUCAUUAGCAUUUCCUGGUCCGUCGUUGUUCAAAACCGCUCGUUACGAAUGAUUAGGGAUGACAAAGUCAAUAUUUGGCCACACGAAGCGGUUUUGCAGUUCUGUUGGAGAUUCCUCACGAUUUUAGCGAGGAUUAUCACACUUGUCGCAUUGGUGCUGAUAUUUGGUAUCAAUGUGGUACCUUUAAUAUCAGUUCAUUUAUUGGUUACGCUAGUUCACGUAAUUUUCCUUCAAGCAAUCCACAUAGAUGCGUGUACUCAUAUUGAGAAGCUGCUCCUUCUUAUCAAUACUUUCAUCCAUAUUUUUAUACCGUUCAAUAUGGUGGAAGGAAACACACGGUGGCGAUAUUUAACAGCCUAUUCUGUUGAGUUUAUUGAGAUGAUGUUAGUCUGCUGGCUUCUUCCAUUGUCAUUAAAUACAUUUCCGUAUAUUGAAAAAGUUCAAGUUGGCGUUCCAAUUUCAUUUAUAGCUGGUAUUGCAAUCAUGAUGAUGUAUUAUCAGUUUUUCCAUCCCAACAGACGGCAGCUAAUUGUUACGCAAUCACAAGAAGAUCUUAGUCUGAAUGUGCAGAAAUCCGUUGAGACGCUCACCCCGAAACUAGAAAGUUCAUUGGAAAUUAGUGGAGAACAAAAUACGAGUCAAGAUUUGGUAUCAGAAUUACUUCUUGAUGUGGAACAUGAAAAUUGAACAAACUAAAUUACGGUUACUGUUGUCGGAAAACGAGUUCAUUACUACAUAUUAUCAUAAAAAUUGAUAUUAAAUAAAUAAAUAAAUGCAAAGU